UCCAAACUCUACUGUCAGGAAUACAGAUCCAUCGGCUCCCUUAACCGAUCUCCAUUUCAUGGUUCAUUAACUUCUCAUUUCAUCUUUUAAUAAGCAAACAACGUCCGCAAUUACCGGAACAACUCCAGAAGCACGUUUCAACGUUGAAUAUGAAUUUUGUUUGCCGGAGGAGUGCACAACCACGAUGCAGGAAUCUUUCUUCAUAUAAUUAACAUUAACAAACAAAUUGACAGGUAGAAAGAAGGAACAACAAACAGAAAACUUGCAUUUUUAAACACUUGAAUCGAGUUUCCCAAUGAAGUUAUUAUUUUUACCAUAAAAUUUACAUCUUGAAAUCCGGAUGAGCGCACAGUUUUGCUUAACAAAUCAAUCUGGUAAAUGAAACGAAGAACGUAAUAAGAAGAAGCUUAAAGAAAUGCUGGAACGAUGCUUUGGCGUUCAUUUAGCCAGAGCUGUUAACGGUAAGAUCAUUCUUCUCUGCCUCUUCACGGUUGUUAUCGUUCUUUGUGGAACUAUUGGUAGUGAAAAAUUUGGAAGUCGCCCAAAACCUGAUUUCGUUGAGCUCCAAAAUACUGUAACCACGGCAAGAGCCACUCCUGCUACUAAUUGUUCCAGCAUUAGUACUUCUGCUUCCAACGGUUCUGCUACACUCGAGUCGAUAAAACUAGACGUUGACGAGGAAGAAGACGAGGUUGUCAACUUGAACCAAACAUAUAGUUUGGGUCCUAAGGUUUCAGAUUGGGAUAAGAAAAGAUCAAAAUGGCUCAGGAAAAACCCUGAUGUUCCAAAUUUUAUCGGUCCGAAUAAGCCUAGAGUUCUUUUAGUUAGCGGUUCAUCACCAAAGCCUUGCGAGACUCCAUUUGGCGAUCAUUACCAGUUGAAGUCUAUUAAGAACAAGAUUGAUUAUUGUCGGCUUCAUAAGAUUGAGAUAUUUUACAACUUUGCUACUCUAGAUGCACAGAUGGAUGGUUUUUGGUCUAAGCUUCCACUUAUCAGGAAACUUUUACUGACUCAGCCUGGGAUUGAGUUUCUCUGGUGGAUGGAUAGUGAUGCAAUGUUUACUGAUAUGACAUUUGAGAUUCCAUGGGAAAGAUAUAAGGAUCAUAAUUUAGUACUUCAUGGCUGGGACGAGAAGGUUUAUAAUGAGAAGCAUUGGGUUGGGUUGAACACCGGAAGUUUUUUGCUUAGAAAUUGUCAAUGGACACUUGAUCUCUUAGAUGCUUGGGCGGCAAUGGGUCCAAAAGGAAUGACCAGAGUUGAAGCCGGGAAAGUCCUGACUAAGGAACUUACAGAUCGACCGGACUUUGAAGCGGAUGAUCAAUCUGCAAUGAUUUAUCUUCUAGUUACACAAAGGGAGAAAUGGGGUGACAAAGUUUACCUUGAAAGUGCUUACUUUUUGCAUGGGUUCUGGGAUAUCAUCGUCGAUAGAUAUGAAGAAAUGGUUGAGAAAUAUCAUCCAGGGCUAGGGGAUGAUCGAUGGCCACUUGUUACUCACUUUGUUGGUUGCAAGCCAUGUGGGAAGUAUGCGUCCUAUCCAAUGGACAAAUGCUUGAAACAGAUGGAUAGAGCUUUCAAUUUUGGCGAUAAUCAGAUAUUACAAAUGCUUGGGUUCACCCAUAAACCAUUGGAUAGUUGGAGAGUCAAGAGAAUUCAAAACACUUCGUAAUUAGUCGAGUCGUGUUUAUGCUGGGCAAAUGUUGCACCUCCUGUAUUUCUUGUAAUGUUCUUCCAGUAAAGUUUAGUUUACGAGAUUUAUUACUUUCUGGUAACCGAGCUCCCGUUGCAGUUGCAGUCCUCUCAUCACAAACUUGUACCAACUCCUGUAUUUGAUACAAAAAUCAGUUACAUUUGUAAGUGCAGUUGGUUUUUUUAA